AUGACGAGCAGAGACCCCGAAGCCGAUAACAGCCCUUCCUUAUUAUGUUUCCACCAACUCAUCACCGCCAAUGCCUUCAUCGACAAAUGCCAACGAACCACAAAAUCCAGGUCUCCCGCGCCCUCUCCGUCACCUCCUCCCCCCUUCCCCUCUGUCUCCAUCUCUCUCACCCUCCGCUACACCCGCCCCGCCUCCCGCUCCGAAAUCACCGCGGUGGGCAUCUCCCCCUCGUCCACCGUCGCCUACGCAAUCUUCCCCGGCGCCCAGGCCGACCAGCCCUGGAUCGACACCUUCGACCUGGCCACCCAGCGUGGCUACUCCAAGAUCAUUGGCCCCGUCGCGAGCUUCUCGCCCUCGCUGCACUCGUCCCCCCUGCGCGUCGGCAAGCCCUCGGCCUCGGCCUUGGCGUCGUCCUCGUCCGCUUUGCCGUUCCCUCGCAUCGCCACGCUGUCGUCGACGCUGUCUCUCAUGGUCCGAGACUUCGCCUCUGGGAAGACCGUCCUCGAACUCAAGGAAGUCGCUGCUCCAAUUGCCUGGUCUCCCGACGGCCGGGCCAUCGCCGCUGCUGAACCCCGGAACCGUAUCGGUUUGUGGGACGUCCGCACGGGGACCCGCAUCGGCCGCGUGCCGGGCCACAUCGACACCGUGACCCACGUCGCCUUUGCCCCUGACUCAGCGCUGGUCAGCCUCUCGCGGGAUGGCACUCUCCGCGUCACGGAUCCUCGCACCAGCAAGACGCUCUACAAGCUCGAGAUGGAGACGUCCAAGAACCCGCGUGCCCUGGCCGUCUCCCCCGACGGCACCACCAUCGUCUCCGUCUGGGGCUCCGUCGUGCACAUCUGGAUGCCGCAGCACGGCCAAUUGACCUCGUACAGCCUCUCCAGCACGCGGCCCUGCGAGGGCUGGCCCCUGAGCAUCUCCCCUGACUGCCGCUACAUCGCGAGCUGGACCGAGGAAGGCUUCGACAUCAUGGACGCGGCCUCUGGCGCCGUCAUUUGCACCCAGGAUGGUGGCCCCCUGGUCACGUCUGCCGAUUUCUCUACUGACGGAAGCGUUCUGGUCCUUGGAAGAAUCAGCGGUGACGUCGAGGUUUGGGAUAUUACUGAUAAGCGUGCUUAGAAUUUGUAAAUAGACUGUAUAUAGAUGUAUAAGUAGGUGUUGCCUGAUGGAUACUGCAUGGCUUCGAAGGCGUAGAGAGAAAGGGGUGUCGUUUUGGGAGUGGGUUUUCGUUCUUUUAUUCACGGUUAGUCAGUGUCGUCUUUUGUUGUUUUGGAUUUGUAUAUUAGUGUUCAGCAUACGUAUGAGCCUGUUUAGUCACUUUAUAGUCAUGUUCGAGCUAGCUUUUGUGUUAUAUAUCAGUUAGAUAUAUAGCGAGGUCAUGGUGGUUUUCAGCGGCGGGAGGGGGGGGGCAUUUUGAUACCCUUUUGUUUCAUCUCAUGCGAG